GAUUAAAGUUAUGCAACCCAACUAUUCAAGGUCUUGCUGCUUCAGUAGUCUGAAGGCUACAUGGGACAUGUUAGUAUAUAAUCUUCAAAACCUCAAGUCUCUUCUUGAGCCACGAGAGAAUGAUUGCGAACAUUGGUCUCAAGGUGGCCGGAGCUAUUUUAAUUGGAAGUCUAGCAAGUUAUCGUUCGUCUGCGGCUUGCCUUGCAACCCCUAGUUCUUUCCCAGGAAGACAAACGAGUGUUGUUAUGGGAGAAGACGUAACACUUUUCGAUUUCACUGAUCACAAUGCUAAUAUCAGUACAUGGGUUGAAUCAUCAGACACGGUGCGCCAACCAGGAAUGUCAAAGGCUACCAUUGUGCUUCAGAAGGCUCAGCUUUUUCAAAGGGCAAUUUUCUUUGCUUUGCUAAAUCCUCAGCCCAAUGGAGCUGGGUUUGCUGGAGUUCGUACUCCUGUGGAUUUUGAUCUAUCCAGUUUCUCAACUCUGAAAAUCAAAUUAAGAGGUCAGGGCCAGGCCACCAAUUUUAAAAUCAUUAUAAAGCAUCAUGGUGAAGUUGGCGAUGGUUCUCCUAGCUACGAACAGUUUUUCAAUGUUACCAAAGAAUUUCAAGAGUUAAGUUUGCCCAUAGAUAAGUUUCAACCAUAUUGGAGAGGGCAGGCAUUACAGAAUGCUGAGCCAUUAGAUAGCAGUAACAUUACCAGCUUUGGCUUUCAGUUCUAUGGUGGAGUCUAUGAAGAACAUAAACAGUCAGGGCCAGCAACCUUAGAGAUUGACUGGGUUAAGGCAUCAAUCUAACCUUGAAAAUUUGCAAGAAAAUCUUUAAUGCUGCCUCCAAUGUUACACUUACUUAAAAUGGGAUCCAAAUUAUGCUGCGACAAUCCAGAA